UUGAACCCGUAUCGCUUUUACGUUCGUGUAGUACAUCCUUCUCAUGGAAGAAAGGAAUCACACGUGUCCUGUGUUCGUGUUGAAGUGUCUUCCCCUGGAAGCAAUUGAGCACAUGCCUGGGAGCUUACAGGGGAAGCCAGGCGCGGGUUCCUUGCACGGGAAGUGUGUUGUCGCUAUAAAAGAGUGCACCUACCAUAGCAGAUAACCACAAUUGCCUCCACAUUUGACACUGGCAAAAUGGGCUCAUCUUCAUCCGAAGAUAUGUUCAUGUUGUCAUCAGACUCCAGCGACGAGGAGGAUGAUUUGCUGUUCAAGGUCGCCAUCGAGGAGGAACAAAUUGGUGCCCAAGGUCACCGCCGCCACCGCGGCUCCGUGCCCGGACAUGCGGUCAUAGACCGUGGGCACCAGGAAGGAGCUGCUAGGCUAUUUCAGGAUUACUUCGCCGACAUGCCAGUGUAUGGUCAUACAUUGUUCCGUCGUAGGUUUCGGAUGAGUCGUCCAUUGUUCUUGAGAAUCGCCGCUGCUGUAGAGAACCACGACCCAUGGUUUCGGCAGGGGAGGGAUGCCGCUGGAAAGCUGGGCCUAAGUCCCCUCCAAAAGAUGACAGCUGCCAUACGUCAAUUGGCAUACGGAGUCAGUGCGGACGCAGUAGAUGAGUAUGUCCGGAUUGGGGCUAGCACAGCGAGGCUCGCCCUGAGAAAGUUUGUGCAAGCCGUUGUCCGGAUUUUCUCCGAGCAGUACCUCCGUGCUCCCACCGCGGAGUAUACUGCUCGACUAUUAGCCAUUGGCAAGCAGAGAGGGUUCCCCGCGGAUGGAACUUCGCCCCCUGUGUCAUACACCAUUAACGGUAACACGUAUGACAUGGGGUACUACCUAGGUGACGGAAUUUACCCCGAAUGGGCGACCAUAGUUAAGCCUAUUUCAGCGCCUAGGGGGAACAAGAGCAUGUAUUUCUCUGCCAAGCAUGCAUCUGUCCGGAAAGAUGUUGAACGCGCAUUUGGCGUGUUGCAGUCGAGGUUCGCCAUAGUUCGCGGUCCAGCAAGAAUGUGGGAUGAAACCACACUGCACAACAUUAUGACUGCAUGUGUCAUAAUGCACAAUAUGAUCAUUGAGGACGAGGGGACCGGCCCAGAUGUGGACGAGGUGUUUGAUUACAUGGGCGAGAAAGCGACCGCCCGCCGCAAUCCUGACCAGGCUGUACUGCAGUACAUAGAAGUCACUGAAGCAAUCAGGAACCGGGCAUUGCACCACCAACUACGUGAUGAUCUCGUGGAGCACUUAUGGAGUCGUCAUGGAGCACAUUAGAUUUGUCAUCACGUUCCAUCUAGAUUAC